AUCAAAAGCGCUACAGAUAGUAACCAUUUGUUGAGAUCAUCAGAGAAAGCAGCCAUAUGCCUACCCAUUAAAAUAGAUAAUUCACAAAUACAAUGAAAUGAAAAAUGAUUCUACCGAGAGACUCUUCAGCCUGAGAUCCCUCCUUUACACCCGCAGGAUUCGAACGCCUCCACGGUAUGUUUUCUUUUGAGCGAAAGGAUGAAGUAGUUUCUGUGCCUGACCAUUAAGCGGAGUCCAUCGGAGGAGGAGUUUCACCCUGAAUCUGUCCUUAUGCGAUCGUUUACUAUAAUAUGCCGUUCAACGUGUACAACAGUGGGCGCCUACCGGGAAUAUAUUUCGUCUAAACCGUUCUGAAUCUGUUCUGCAAGCAUUUGCAACAAGGUCAGUCUUUGUUUGCUCCAGAAAUGGUACGGUUGAUCGUCGUUCUUUCUCUCGAUAUUUUUCAUAACAACCAUAAUUUUUACAGUUGAGCAGGGCUGAGUGGUUUUGGUCCAUUAAUAUGUACGUUUGAGACGCAACAUGUCUUUUUGCGCGAAUGCCGGGCUAUUAUAACUGAUCUUGGGAAAAACAAGGGGAAACUUCCCCUCUGCAUACUUCUGAACAAUGACCGGACCAAGCGCCACAAGCAGCGGCUCCUCAACAGCCAAGAUCAGCAGACACGGGCGCUCCAAAAGCACCAGUACAUACUGUCAUAGGAGCAGUCCGCCUCCGGAAUCCUCCUCGUCCUUUGCGGCAAACAACACCGGUAGGUCGUCCGGUGAGGAAGACGAGAAAGAUGGUGGGGUCCCGUUUUACGUUAACAGGACGGGCUUUCCUAUAGACAGUAUCACCUGGGAGAGAAUGUGGUCCCAUGUCGCCAAAGUUCACCCCGAUGGACAGGACACGGUGGAUAGGAUACGAAAUGCAACACACCUCCCUAAACACCCCGUGCCAUCGGUUCCCAACUUUAAGCCAUCCAUGUCUGUGCCUGAUUGGCUCCAUGCCGUCCAGAACUACAUGAGAAACCUGCAAUACAACCACACAGGAACACAGUUCUUUGAGAUUAAGAAAACCAGACCUUUGAGUGGGUUGAUGGAGACUGCCAGAGAGAUGAUAAGAGAAUCACUUCCCAUUAAAUGCCUUGAAUCAGUUAUCCUUGGAAUCUACCUUACCAACGGUCUGACCUCUGUGGAACGUUUCCCCAUCAGCUUUAAGACACAGUUCUCCGGGCACCACUUCCAUCAUGUGGUGUUGGGCGUUUACUGUAACGGCCGCUAUGGCACCUUGGGUAUGAGUCGCCGUGCCGAUCUCAUGGAUAGAGCUCUGACCUUCCGUACACUCAGCGAGCUAGUUUUCGAUUUUGAGGACUCAUAUCGCCACUACCAGCACACUAUGAAGAAGAUAAAGAUCGGCCUGUAUGUGCCCCACAAUCCACAUGUUUUCCAGCCCAUCGAGUGGAACUAUCUGGUGAUCAACGCUUGUAAGCAGGGCCGUGAAGACAUGCGCAAAGAGCUGGAGAAGCACGGGCGUGAUAUGAGGAUGAAGAUCCUCAAGUCAUCCAGUGCUCAGUCUCCAAUCAAAGAACGAACCCGAGGCAAAUCUUUAUCACCGCGCCGACGACCUGGCACCAGUCCUCAAAGACACCAGCACAUCCACAGAAGAGACAAAUCGCCAGCAGCACUGGACAGAAAGCCAUCAGAGCUCAGCACCCUCAGUGACGGCUACCAGAUCCGAAUCUGAGACACUAAAGAGCUGAACUACCAGCUUUCCCUUCCACAACCUCUGAAGAACACUCCUUCUCUCCCUCUAUCAGCUCCACAUAUAAUGUUUUUAAACUUUAUUUAAUGCACAUUGUGAAUCGUAUAUUAAACAUAUUUAUAGCUUUACUUUCUUCCGUGUCAGAGGGAGAUGACAUUGGGUGAGUUUAUAUUUCUUUUUAAUUGUCAAGAUUUUAAGAAAAAGUGAACCUAAAUGACAAAAUUUGUAAUUUACAGUAAUUUAGCUAAAGAAUAUUUUGUACCCCAGUAAUGGUCAUUUUUGAAGACAAAAAGCUGUUUAAAAUAUGAAAGCAAAUAAGAAAAAUGUGGAAAAGAAAAUAUAUUUUUGGACAAGCUUCGCUAGCAAUGAGAAUUUGAGUGUGCAUGUAUCGUGCUUGGCAGAGAUAUGUAAACCUCGGUGCCUCGUGCUGUGGUGGUGGUAGUUUUGGAGGCUGACUGGCCUUUUUGGAGGAGACGGAUGCUUUUUUGCCAGAGGCAAAAGGACACAAGGGACCAGAACAUCAUAGUGCUACCUUUUCUGCCCACAAGAACUAUUUACUCUCCUUCACUUCAUGUUUUGUUACCUGCACACAAUCCCCAGACAGUGUAAUUUGGACGGAACAGACAUUAUUUAUUAACUAAAGUUUGAGUCUAAUGUACAAUGAAAGGCUUUGUAUUGAUUUCAGUAUUUAAAAAGUAUUAAAAAAAAUAAUGGUUACAUAAAAAAAUAAAAAAAUAUUUUUUUUCUUUUUUUAAUGUUUACCCCUUACAGUAUUUUGUGUUUUUAAAUAUUUUCCUCUUCUUUGUUAACUUUUUUUUUUUUUUUUUUUACUAAUUUCUCAGAUAUGUACAGGGUGAUGUGCUAUUGAUUUAUCCGUCCGUUGCAAAUUGACUUGCUUGGAAAAUUGCUAUCAGUUUUAUGUCAUUUUUUAUUGCAUCUUGACACUGAUAAGUAACCUUUGGUCACAUGUGACAAUAAAUGCUAUUUUUCAUUGGCUAUAAUAUGCUAAAUAAUAUGAAAAAAGUGGUUAAAGAUGUUCUGAUGUUAAAAUUCUUUCUUUAAUCCCAGAUUAAUAUGCAGAGUCAACUAUUAGUAAGCCAUUUUUAGGUUGAUUUCACCUAAAAGUGUAACACUGUGGUGCUAUCAAAACAUUCAUGUUUGUUCAAUCGGCCCAUCCAGCCUGAAUCAGCAACAUUGGCUUGACCAGUGGUGUGAGUUUGGGUCAGGACUAUCUGUUUGUUCAAACGAUGGAAGACUGAGGGAGUUUGAAAACAGUGAUUAUUUUUCAUUUGGUGGCACUAAUGGCGCAGAAAUUACACACAUUCGCCUUAAAGUUAACAACAUACAUUACUCUUCAAAGUAAAUAUUUCAGUUAAAAUUAGGUUAUCGACCUCAAACUUUUGAGAAUAAGCUAUGCACCUCCAACAGGUCUGUAUAUCUGUCCUCGACAGUAGACCUUGUUUUAAAUUGUAGCAGUUACAUUGUUACAGAUUCUUUGUGGGUUGUUUUAGCGGUUGCUCUCUGGAUGUCUUUUUUAAUGGGUGCUGUUGACUAAACUACCACAUGAUAGCUCAUUCUGCCUUGUAAUUGGUACCAGCUUUCUAUCAAAAGCUGUUGAACCACACAAGUGCCAGAUCAUUGAAUACAUAAGUCAAAUUUAUGGCUGAGGGCUUCACCCACUUGGUCACAUAAAGAUGAAUGAUCUUCAUUAGUUUCAAUGACAUAUCUAAUGCACCGUGUUGAAUGGCUCAGACCCUUUAUGGGAGAGAAGUGGCCUGCUGCAGAUUUGGUAACUGAAGACCAUCAAAAUGUUGCAGAUUUAUAUCAUUUAUAACCUGCUGUUUGGUAACUGAUCAAUUGUGUGUGAAGCUUUACGUGGUUCUUUGGCUUUCUGGUUUUAAGGGAAAUGCAAUAAUCUCCCCUCAAAGGUGCUAAGACAAGUCAUUUUACUCAUCUUACAGAUAUUAAAUAACUUUAUUUUAGCAUUGGCUCGUUUUAUGAUUAAAGAGCACAAUAAAAAUAUAUUUCUGUUGCACAAUGAUUGGGCAAGAAAUUAUAAGCUCUUAAAAACAGGAUAAUCGAUGUUUAAGACUUACCACAAAGUUCAUAGGGGAAAUGUUACAAUAUUCAUGAGAAUUUUGAUGCUUUUGUGGAAUUUUAAUGUUUCUAUAUCUUAUGCAGGCUUGACUUGUCUGAAAAUGCAAUUAAUUCUGAUGAAUUACGCAAAUACCUUUUUUAUUCAAAAGCUGAAAAUACUGCAAGUAUGUUUUUAAUGGAAGUGUUUUCCUCAAUGAUAAUAAUGUUAUUGGUGUUGUUUUUUAAAAAAAUUUGUUUGUGUUUUGGGAAAAUCUCAUCUCAAAGGCCUCAGUUUUGUGUUCAAGCUGUACAUAUUAUAAAUGUACUGUUUAAAUGAGGACUUUAUCAAAUUGGAUUGACCCUGACCUGAACUAUUAUUCAGAUUUUUCCUAGGCCUUACUGCAGCUUGUACCAUCAGUCAUUUCUGUCAUACAUUUGUGUUUUUGGGCCAUUUGCAUUCCCCCAUGGUGAAACACUGCUGUAAUUUGUCUAUUAUCUUCUGUAGCAUGUUUUAAUAAAAAGUAUGUU